GAGGCGUGUGGAGAAAGGGCUGCAGAGAUGAGUAUUGUAGGUGCCAGAAGGCUGGCGGGUGCUUCCUGAGAGGGGGUUUUCCCUGGGAGAAACAGGAGCAUAUCGAAGAGCCCUGUAACAGGCAUAGAGGGAGCUAAUACAAGUAGAACCGGAGAGAUGCCAAUAAAACGUAAAGUUUGUGCUUACAGCCGUGAGGCUGGCUAGCUGUUAGAGCUAACUAGCAAGGGUGAUGGUUACCCAAUUUUUUUUCAAGCCUUUCUGGAAAGGGAUAUUUUAGCUGGGCUAGCACCCCUGCUUAAUGGUGGAGUAGCUGAGUGCGGCUUCUGCGUCUGACAGGUUGGAAACAAAGGGCUUAAUAGAAUGGAAAAGUAAAUACGUCCUGAUUUUCUAAAAUAAAAAUGUACCCACUAAAAUUAGUGGCCACACUGUAGGCAGAAGUAUUGCUGGUUUGUAUGGAGGCAUUUGAGAUAGUUGUAAGCUAACUUGGUUGCUAAAAAUCAGUUGAUGUUAGCUGCAGUUGAUGUUAGCACUGGCAGGCCACCUGAUUAAUUAUUCACCACCCCAGGGCUACCCUGACCUCUGUACUGUUGCAGUUAUGUGGCUGUCCAUUCGCACAGUUGUGAGUUUAAGACAGUGUUUCUGAACCCUGAGAGGAGCACAGUGUGCCUACGUGCUGAGGUAUUUCUGUUGAAUAAGAGUACAAUAACAUUUGUCAAUGGAAAGAAUUUUAUAGCAUUUCAGAAAUGUUUGAGGAGUAAACUUCACAAAGAGAAAAAUAAUUUUGGUAAAACUUAUACUGUCAACUAAGCUGCAAAUCUAGUUCAAUUGCUGAGUGGAAAUUGCUCUUCCGGGAUCAGCAAGCCUGUGUAGGAAGACCCUCAGGAAGACUAUUGCUUAGAAAAAGACUUUAGUUUAGGUUGGAGGAAAGCUCUUUACCCCAGUAUAAACAUGUCUGCAAUGUGUGAUUCAGCAGUAUAUGUGAUAAGCAUAAAACAAUAAUGAGAAUGAGGGGAAAUAAUUUAUUUGUAGUGCUUUAGGGAAAGUGAGUAUCAAAUGGAUGAUCAGAACAACUUUGAGUGCUGUUACAUAUUUGCAUUCAAAGAAUAGCAUUGGUUAAAGAUGACUUCAAAAACACAGAGCUGUUUUAUUUAGUCAUUGAGUUGGGCUGGGUUACUAGUAUCCUAGCCCUGUGGAAGGGGUGCUAAAACUUGCUUUACAGAGAACUCAUGCCCUACGUUAACAACUGCUACUGAUAUGAAAUGCAAUGAUUUAUAAGUUUUUAUUCCCUUGCCCUCUUGCUGUCCCCAGAAAAUCUUCUGCUGUUUUGUGGUUUUUGGCACCUUCUUAACUUCCUUCCCUAGGUCCUAAUUUCAGCUGGCCAAGCUGCACUACAUUGCUGUCUUUCUUCACCUCUGACUUCUGUGGGUGGUUGCUCCUAAAUAACUUCUAUCUAGUUCCUCUUUUGAUUUUUUUUUUUUUCCAGUUUUUUCUCUCACUUAAAACAGAACAGAUUCUAAUGAUGAAUAAGGGAAUAUGAGAGCAGGAGCAGGUUUUGGCAAACUCGCUGCCUAGUUAAAAUAAAGACUUUGGGUACCAGACAUUGUCUCUCACUACGAAUUUCUGUGUUUCCCAGUCUGAAGUAGACUGACUGUGGGGAAGGCAGUGAGAGCUGUGCUGCAAGGGUAAUGGCAGUAGAAGCAAAUACUCUUAAGUCUUUCAUGAAGAGGAAGGUGCAGUUGCUGGCAUGGCCUUCAAUUUCUAAGAGGCUGUCCUGUCAGUGAGAGGCCUCUUCGGAGGUAUGUAGUAACAUCCCAGGCCAAGCUCUGCUGUUCGUGGGACGUGCUGUGUAAUACUUGGAGCAUUGCUAUUGGGUGCAUACUAUCUAAGUAGGCAGGAUUUGAAAAGGCUAAACCCCUAACCUGUCCUUGAGAGGUUAUCUUGUUCUCUCCAGCAUUAUUCCUUGCAUUCCAACACAUACUCAGAGCAAGUUGCAUCAAAUGUUUGCUGUUUUCCCUUAGUACUUGAAAGCUUAAAUGGCAAAAUAAUCCAAAAGAUUCGGGAAGGGGGCAGAGUUCAAAUUUACCUAUGAAUUUCAGGUACCAUCCUCUCAAAAUCAUCUAAGUGUGCAGUUUUGGAAUACUGUAGGCCUGCAGAAGAGUCAUUGCCAUGUGGAGCUGUUUGGAGGAAACCUGCAGUAUCGGGGCACUGAGGGCGAGAUGUAGGGUUCACCAUCAAAUUGCCCAACUCACAAGUGCUGUCUGUAGAAUCCUGGCGACACACAGCUCCUCCUCCUGCCAGGUUCUCUCCUCAGCUUCCGCUCUAUGGGAAUACUUCAUCACGGACCCAAACUUUAUGUGUGUUGCAGGCCUAUUAAUGUUAUUGUGGUCUAUUAAUGUUCAUUGAUGUAUGGUAAUAACUUAUCAAAAGAACUGAUUACUAAUUAAAAGGAAAAAAAGUGCUAAGGGAAGAGGAAUGGAGUUAGGAACAUCUGUUCAUGUUUAGGGAGGAAAUGGAAAUGACUCAUGUAAAUAGGCUGUAGGCAGUUGUUUGCUUCUGGAUAUUUCUGAUCACAUCAAUCUCUCUCCUGCAGUUUCAUAUAGACAAAAGCAUAGCUUUUUUCAUUGCACAUAAUUCUAAGGUAUAUUGCUUUCUUAACAGUAGUCAUUUAACAGUGUUCAGAAUUCAAGUUAUGGUUUAUGUACUAUAUGUUGUUGCAUGCUAGAGUUGAAAGAAACUUGAUACGCAGCGGAGAAAUCAGUAUGCACAUUCAGAUACUCUGAUGUCUGUCUGGUAACGGAUAAGAGCUAAGAGUGGUCUGAAUAUUGUUGCAGUUAUCGUAACUGCUUGACUGCGCAUGCAUCAUGAUAAGCCUUUAAUCUCUCUCUAAUUUCUGUCUAUGAUGAUUUGCUAAGUAAAUUACGUGUCUUUGCUUGCCUUUUUUUUUAAUUUAGUUCUGUCUCGUAUGAUUUGCCUGACCAUUUGCAUAUACCUUUAAAAUCAGGGUUUUUUUUCUAUAAAUGUUUAUGCUCUUCAUUUUCCUUGUCAGCUAGGUUAGAUGGUUGAAAAGUUAUUUGUGGAUUGCACAAUACUGCGUUUUGGGUUCUCAACACUGUAAGAAAGCUGAAAUACAAGCUAUAGAAGUGCUUUAAAUCUCAUGCAUUUGCUUCUUGAACAAAGUUUAAAUCCUGCACUCGUUUUAUAAUUCAUGUUUCUGAGUUAGCAGAGAAUCAGAAGUAUGACACAAAUUAAGAGAUAUUUUGUUAAACAAAAAUUAAUAACAAAAGUUUUCAUACUAAUUUUGUCUAGUGAGACAAAAAAGCCCCACAAAUUCUAAAACAUUUUUAACAUUUUUUAAUGAAGUGUUUCUGUGACUUCAGUAGAACUGUUUUCUGAGCAAGUGUUGGAGGAUCAAGCCUUUUUAAAGACCAUAUGUGGAAGUCUUGGCCUGUAGAAAUCAUGAUGUUGAACUCUGGAGCUAUAAAUAAUUUGGAUGUUUACUAGAUUAACAUAUAUGCAACAUAACGAUAAGCAUUUUCUAUUUUUAAAAAAAGAGAGAGAAAGGGAUUGUUUGAAUCCUUUUGUAAGGAAAGAUUUCCCUGUACAGAAGAAUGGGAUAUCCUUUAUUUAAAAAAAUAAAAUAAAACCAGUAUUGUCUUCUCCCUCAACUGUUUUAAAUAAGGUUUCCACUUCAUGAUAAAGAGAGACUUGAGAAAUGGCUGCGGAAUAUGAAACGAGAUGCAUGGACUCCAAGUAAGCACCAGCUUCUCUGCAGUGAUCAUUUUACCCCUGAUUCCCUUGAUGUGCGAUGGGGCAUACGAUACUUGAAACAUACUGCUGUACCAACAAUUUUUUCUUCCCCAGAUGAUGAGGAAAAAAACUCUUCUCAGCACAACCCACAAGAGGUAAAGAGAGAAGACCAGGAAGAAGCAAGUGCAAAUGUAGCGUCAGAUAAAGUAUCUGUAUCGCUUGAACCUUGUACACCAAAGAAAAAUAUUGUAAUUGCAGAAAAUGUAGAGGAAAAAGCAGAAGUAGUUUGCUCAACUGCAUUUCCUCUACAAGUGGGAAAACUACAACUUCAAAACAGGGAAGACUUUCAAGCAGACAGUGUAAUCCUUAAUAAUUCAUCUAAACAGCAUAUGCAUCAAUCUACUCCCAUUUUAAUGGCAGCAGCAGUCCAGAACAUGGAAUCUACCAGUGUUCAUAAUUCUGUAGAGAAUCCAAUAAGCUGUACAGCUACAGUCUUGCAGCUUACAGACCUUGACUACUUGAAUUCACCUCUGAAAUUGAAAAAUGCUUUAGUUUCAAUUACUGACUAUCCAACUGAAAAUCCUAACUCUCAUAUUGCAGGCUGUUCUGUUGAAAUGCAGCCAACAAGUGAAGAUGCCAUUUUAGUCAGUACAGUCGCACAAACUAUUGAACAGUUUAAUGGAAGUGAAGAAUCUGUCAUUGCUAUCAUUGUACCAACUGAGAGUCCUGAAGAGCCUCAAAUAGUAAACAGCUCUUUCCUGCCUAUUAAGCAAGAGUUUCUUGACACGGAAGAAACAGAAACAGAAAAAUCUGCAUAUAUGAAUGCGUAUGGUGGAACUGAAGUAUUACAAACUGAACAUUCAUACUGCAAACAAGACAUAGACAGAGAUCACCUUUGGCAAAAAAUUUCGAAGCUCCACUCUAAGAUAACUCUACUUGAAAUGCAGGAGAUAAAAACUUUGGGGAGACUCAGAUCCUUAGAAGCUCUCAUUGGACAGUUGAAGCAAGAAAACCUGCUUUCUGAAGAAAAGCUCAAGAUCGUAGAAAAUUGCUUCACAACGCUUGAAGUGACUAUGAUACAGUAAAGGCUUUAAACAACUGUUCUAAAAUAAUCUUUUUUUAGCCUCUCUGAUUGUCCUUUUGUACAAAUUAACUUUUGCUUCAGUGAUGGUAUUUUAAAUACGCAAGGCAAAUUGUGUGAAUAACAAAUAUUCUUAAAAAUCAACCACUACCAAAGCUAGGUGGUAGACUAUUGCCCUUAAAACAUGACUUGCAAGUAAGCUUUAAGAAAAGUUGAAGUGUUUUGUUAAACUGUAUAAAGUGGAUAAAUAAAAAUAAGUUAAACUUUUCCAGGUACAAGCUUCCUGAAACAUGUGAGCCUAGUGUUCAGUGCAGCAGCAGAAGGGAUAGCAUAACAGUGUAGGAUGAAUGAUUAUAGAACAGUUGUAAAAAGCUGAGUUCUCUCAAAUGAAUGAGGAAGUAUAUAAUACACAUUGUCCAGUAAGGCCACAAUUGCUUCUUAAUCUUCCUUUAGCAUUCAUUCUGGUACCUUUUUGUACACUUUAACCUUAUUAAAAUUGUUUCUGCAAUAAA